GGCUCGUCUCGAUUCUAUCGCGAUAGAUGAAUGAUGACGAAUACCGCUCUCCUUGGAGCUUAAGCUUGAUUGUGUGUCUCGGGUACAGUUCACUUAUUUUAGUUUGGGGUUCUCUUGCUGUCUCACACCAUAGUAUCGACGUGUACAUUUAUAGGUUCCGGUCUGGAGCGUCCUUGUAUUCCCUCCCCAUGUUUAUCUUGUUAGUAUUUGUCCUGCUUUGCGGAGGUAGGAAGAUAGAAGAGGAAAUAGCAGGUGCCACAUAUUUUUGGAAACACGCCCCCUCUGGAAUGGCGGACGAGAAGUCGUCAAAGGCAAGCUAAAGGAAACCGUUAUAUGCUGUAUGGCGAUCUCAUGUCAUUGCCACAAUUACCAGAGGCGCCCGAAUCCGCACCUCACUCCGAUACGAGACAGGGUU